AUGACGGGCAAGGCCAAGCACUGGAGCCUCGUCAACAGCAGCGGGUGCCCGACCGCGAGGAGCGGUCACUGCGCCACGGUUGCCAGGGACGCGCUCUACGUGUUCGGAGGAUGUGGGCAUCCCGCGGCGGCAAGCAGCGCCGCCGCGGCCAGCGUUGAUGCCCAGCUUCCCGCCGAGGCCUUGCCCAUCUGCCUGGGCGACCUGCACGUCUACGACCUGGCGCGGCAGCGCUGGUCGGAGGGAGGAUCUGCGGCGCCGUCUGCGGCACCCGAGACGAUGAGCCCGUGCAGACGCAUCGGGCACACCAUGGUUCACGAUUCCACGCGCAACCGGCUCGUGAUUUUUGGAGGUUCAACCGGCCACGAGUACUUCAACGACACGCAGGCGUUCGACCUGGCAACCGGCACGUGGACGGCGCUCGCUACCACCGGAGAGCGCCCCAGCCCCCGCUACAAGCACCAGGCCUUCUUAGACGCCGACUUCAUGUACGUCGUCGGCGGUGGCUCCUUCGAGCCGGAGGGCCCGGACCUCGACGUCUACCGCUUGCCGCUCACCGCCGGCGGCGGGAAGGCACUGCUGGAGUGGGAGCGGGCACCAGUGCCAUCGACCGCUACUGCCGCCGCCGCCGCCCCCGCUGCUGUGCCGGUGGUGGGCGAGAAGCUGUCGUGGGUGUCGCUGCCGUCCGGCCAAGGGGGCAGCGCUGCCUUUGCCGCCAACGCCGAGGAGGCGGGCCGCGCUACCCCUUCCUCCCCCACCGGGCGGUCGUUCCACUGCGCGUUCUUCCACGGGGGCGCCUGCUACAUCACGGGGGGAUCCGACGGGGCGCGCAAGUUCGGCGACAUGUGGAGGUUCUGCGCCCGCGAGACACCCCCGCCGCUGACGACGCUGGCCGCUCGCGCGUUUGUCUCCGGGGCGACGGCAAGGAGAAACGGAGGCGGCAGAGGUAGGGUCGGCGGUGCCGGUGGUGACGGAAAGUGCGAGCUUGGGGGCUUGCCUGGGGAGCUGCGGGAAGCCUUGCAGCGUCUCAACAUGCAGGCGGAGGUUGUGCUCUAA